AUGGACAAAGUGCGGUUUAAAAUGAUAAUUAGCGUGAUAUUCUUUUGUUUAGUGAUGGGCGCGGCGCUCACGGGGGCGCCUGACGCUGCAGAUGCAUGUUUUCGAGUGGCCGGUGAGAACGUUGUGAAGUGCAAUGUACGGACGCUGUCCUCGGAUCGGGAGCUGCCCGGUUCGAUGCACUCCGAUGGCGCGGAAAAGCUUGCAAUCACCUGCGGCGCGGAUCUAAUCGAAACCACAUUCAAGGAUCAUCAGUUUAGUAAAAUGAAAGAUUUAGCGGAGAUCACUGUAACCAGUUGCAAAAUUCUUCGUCUGCCUGGUAACGUGUUCGAAGGACUUCGCGGUUUAAAGACCUUACAGUUACGCACCAUGAAUAAUGAUUGGGGUCAUAAUAAAGAAUUGGAGAUGUCCUUUGGUGCCUUUAACGGCUUGAGGGAGCUUCACACUCUAGAUCUCGGCUUUAAUAACAUAAGAAAGAUACCAUCUGAUUUGUUUUGUGCUCUGGAAAACAUAAUUUCUCUAAACCUCACUCGCAAUAAGAUAAAGUUUGUUGACGAGCUGGGUUUUGGGCACAAAUGUGGUUCAACGUUGCAGACUAUCGAUCUGAGCUACAACGAUAUCAUGUCCUUGCCAGCUGACUCUGAAAUAUUACAUCUGCGACGGCUCACACAACUAUACUUGCAGAACAAUAAAAUAGGCGAGUUGCCCGCCGAAGUUUUCAGUGACCUUCUAUCGUUAAAAGUUGUGAACCUCUCCGAUAACGCUAUAAAUUAUUUGCCAGAAGGCUUGUUUCAAAAUACGAGAGAGAUUCGUGAAAUUUACUUGAGGAACAAUGAACUGGAAAUAUUGCCCAAAAGAAUAUUUAACAGGUUGGAUCAGUUACUCGUUUUAGAUCUUUCGGUGAAUAAAUUAAAAGGCGACCAUAUAGAAGAUGAAACGUUCAGUGGUUUAAUACGAUUAAUUGUGCUCGACCUGUCCCAUAACGCUAUCGCCCGCAUCGCUCAGAAUAUGUUUAAAGAUCUAUUUUUUCUACAAAAUCUUAACCUAAUCAACAACUCCAUAAAUUUUAUUGAUGAUAACGCGUUUUCACCACUUUUUAAUCUUCAUACAUUGAAUUUAGGGCUCAACAAAUUACGAACAAUUGAAGAUCACAUGUUUAAUGGAUUGUUCAUAUUGAACAAAUUAAAUUUGAAUAAUAAUUUAUUAUCAUAUGUAAGUGAAAACGCGUUCAAAAAUUGUUCCGACUUGAAGGAAUUAGAUUUAAGUUCGAAUAAGUUUACUAAUGUACCGGAAGCAAUAUCACAAUUACCAUUUUUAAAAUCGUUAGACUUGGGUGAAAAUUUAUUGACGGAAAUAACGAACAGUUCGUUUCAAAAUUUAUCACAGUUAACCGGUUUGCGUUUAAUCGAAAAUCAAAUUGGAAAUCUCACAGCGGGUAUGUUCUGGGGAAUGCCUAGCCUACAAGUGCUUAAUAUGGCAGGAAAUAAAAUACAGUCGAUAGGAACUGAAACGUUUCAAAGAAACUCGCAGUUGGAAGCCGUGCGACUUAAUACUAACUACAUUUCAGAUAUAAAUGGAGUAUUUGUGUCUUUGAAAAAAUUGCUAUGGCUCGAUUUAUCCGAAAAUCAUUUAGUCUGGUUCGAUUACGCUUUCGUCCCGUCGCACUUGAAAUGGCUUGAUAUUCAUGCGAACUUUAUCGAAAUUCUUGGUAAUUACUAUAAAAUUCAAAGCGAUCUACGCGUUAAGACAUUGGACGCGAGCCAUAAUCGUAUAGUCUCUUUAUCAGCCAUGUCUUUACCAAAUAGCAUUGAACUUUUAUUUGUAAACAACAAUGAAAUAACAACAAUAGAGGCUGAUACGUUUGUUGAAAAAACUAAUCUUACACGUGUUGACAUGUAUGCUAAUAAAGUCGAGACAUUAGAUGCGAACAGCUUGCGUAUCGCGCGAUCUGAUGACCGUACAUUACCUCAGUUUUAUAUAAGCGCUAACCCUUUUCGAUGCGACUGUACAAUGAAAUGGCUUUUACUUAUAAAUUCCGUUACUUCCCGACAAUACCCGUACGUGAUGGAUUUGAAUAAUGUCGUAUGUAAAGAAUCUUAUGUCCGCGGUGUCAAAAACCAAGCCGUUACUUCUCUUCAUAUAAAAGAUUUCCUUUGUAAAUAUGACAGCCAUUGUCCCGAUGAUUGUACUUGUUGUGAUUUUACCUUUUGUAAUUGUAAAUCAGUGUGUCCGCAAGACUGUUCUUGUUAUCAUGAUUCGACAAAGACUACGAAUGUGGUUGAUUGUUCUGCGAAAAAAGCUAAUACAAUACCGCGCGAUAUGCCAGCGACCGCCACUCAUAUUUACUUUGACGGAAAUUCUUAUAAUGAGCUUAAUGAAACUCUCUUUGAAUUGAUGCGGAGGGCUGUAGUAAUUUAUUUAAAUUCGAGUAAUAUAAUAAGUGUCCAAAAUAACACAUUUCGUGAACUGGGUGACCUCAAAAUACUGCAUUUAGACAAUAACAAAUUAAAACGCCUUGAAGGCCUUGAAUUUUCUAAAUUAAACAACUUAAGGGAAUUAUACCUACAGAACAACGCCAUUGAGUUCAUUUCGAAUGUAACAUUUACUUUUUUGGGUUCUUUAGAAGUUUUACGGUUGGACGGAAAUAGACUCGUAAAUUAUGGCCUGUGGCAUUUGGACAAUAACAAAAAGUUACAAACUCUGUUCGUCGGCAAUAACUUAUGGUCUUGUGAUUGUAAAUAUUUACAAGGAUUCCUCACAUACAUAUCGCAGAAUGUAGAGAAGGUUGUGGAUAUCCGUAAUCUUUGGUGCAUCAGUGACAAAUCUCGUUUAUCGAAAAAGCCAUUGAAUUUAAAUGUGACGAUUUGUAGUGAAAUAAGUGAUAACUCAGUAAUAAGCGCGUUCUUCGUCUCUAACAACAUACCAUUACUGGCCACGGUUCUCACCGGGUUCAUGCUUAUUUUAUUAAUAUUAGCUUUAGUGUUCACAUUUAGAUACGCUUGCAGAAUGUGGUUAUACUCAAAUUGCGGUAUUAAGCUCUUUCCCCUAGCGAGCGCUUUUAACGACGCCGAUAAGCUUUAUGACGCUUAUAUUUGUUACAGUCCAAAAGACGAAGAAUUCGUUAUAGAAUCCUUAGCGCGGGAGCUUGAGAACGGCUAUCCGUCGUAUCAUCUCUGUCUACAUUAUAGAGAUGUUCCACAAUUUGAAGCAACUUACGCCCAGUUCCCUGACUUAGUGGUCGAGGCGACCGAAGCCUCGCGGCGUAUAAUAGUUGUUCUCACAAAGAACUUUAUCUUAACGGAAUGGUCUCAGAUAGAAUUCCGACAAGCAUUUCAACGCGCACUCCAAAACAAUCCACACAAAUUAAUAAUUGUCUCCGUAGGGCUCGCGCCGCGAGAUCCGGAAUUAAAAUCGUAUUUAAAAACGGGUUUAGAGAUAACGUGGAAAGAGAAACGUUUUUGGGAGAGGUUACGAUACGCAAUGCCAUCGUGUAAGCGGCGCGGGCAUAAGUUGAAAAGACUCAAUUACGGAAGGAAUUCCAAUACGUACACAAUGGACGCGUCGGUAUUAAACAGCACUUGUCAAACGCUCUGCGGCAAAUCGGCGAAUUCCGCUGAACGUUCCCCAUGCGAUCGUCCUUUAUCCGAACACAUUUAUUCCACUAUCGAUUCCGAUUAUUCGUCUAAUGAUUUCCAAGGCCGGCACAAUCCGCAAGCUGUGGUAUUACAACACACAGUUCAGACGUACCUGGUUUAA